GUCAUUUGUUUAUUUUUUUCCAUAGGAUGAACUUGUAUGUUUUGAACUUGUGAAUAGGUUACGUUUUAAGUAUUAUAAGUUUAACGUAAAUUUAGGACUACUGAAUAAUGGCUCGCAGAUAUGAUACGCGGACAACCAUCUUCUCCCCGGAAGGGCGCCUGUACCAGGUGGAGUACGCCAUGGAGGCGAUCAGCCACGCGGGAACGUGCCUGGGGAUCCUGGCCAGCGACGGCAUCCUUCUGGCCGCAGAGCGCCGUAAUACCAACAAGCUACUCGAUGAGGUCUUCUUCUCCGAGAAGAUCUACAAGCUCAACGACGACAUGGUGUGCAGCGUAGCGGGCAUCACCUCCGACGCGAAUGUGCUGACCAACGAGCUGCGCAUGAUCGGGCAGCGCUACCUGCUGCAGUACGGGGAGUCCAUCCCCUGCGAGCAGCUCGUGUCGUGGCUGUGUGACGUCAAGCAGGCCUACACGCAGUACGGCGGCAAACGACCUUUCGGAGUAUCGAUCCUGUACAUGGGCUGGGACAAGCACUACGGGUACCAGCUGUACCAGUCUGACCCCAGCGGCAACUACAGCGGGUGGAAGGCAACUUGCAUCGGCAACAACAGCACCGCAGCUGUGUCGAGCCUGAAGCAGGAGUACAAGGAAGGAGAGACGACCCUGAAGGAUGCCCAGGCACUCGCCAUCAAGGUGCUGAGCAAGACCCUGGACAUGACCAAGCUCACCGCGGAGAAAGUUGAGAUGGCCACACUGACGAGGGACAAUGGAAAGACGAAGACUCGUAUCCUGCCCGCGAAGGAAGUGCAGGACCUCAUCAAAGCGUACGAGAAGGCGGAGGCUGAGGCGGAGGCUGCAAAGAAGGAGAAGCAGCAGAAGAGCUAGGCUGUCACUUUCCUUAACUGCUUCUCAGACACUGCUCUCCGCAACACUUACCGGCCACGUCGCAUCGACGGAGUGGGACUGUGCAUUUUUUAAUUAAUGUAUCAUGCGUGCACUGUACUGUGUCGAGUUAGGUUAGUGUGAAAAUAAAUGGAAAUUUUUAAGUUGCGAA